AGAAAAAAUGAGGAACUAAAUCGUGACGGUCAAGAGAGGUAUGUCAUGAGUGUGACAUGAAUGAAUUGUAUGAAUACAGUGUAAAUUAUACAAAAAACAUAUAAAAAAGAUAGUCAAAAUGUAUUCAACAAAAACGCCUUCACUAAGAAUUGAUGAAGCCGACCUUAAGUGUAAAAACGGUUGUGGAUUUUACGGAAAUGUUGAAUGGGAAGGUUAUUGUAGCAAAUGUCAUCGAGAAUAUUUACAAAAACAGAGAUCACAAACAGAAUGUAAUACUUAUGGACAAGGAUACGAUUUUGCUGCUUCUAAUAAAGGUACUGGUAGUGGUCAUCAAAAAUAUGAAGAGAAAAAAGUUCAGCAAGAGAAGAAGUAUAAAUUGUUAAAUAUAUCUUUUAGAAAGCCAGUUGCAAAAGCACAGGGAUACCAAGAAUUAUUUUAUGAGUUGAUGAAAGAUAACUCAGAUUUGGAAAAAGUCAAGAAUGAAAAUCGUGAUCUAAUAGCAAUGAUUGCAAAAACACCAGUGGAAAAAGACGUUAGAAAGUGUAUGCAUUCUUUCAUAAUUGACAUACUUCAAAAUAAGGAUGUUAAAAGAACAGAAGAACUUUCAGAGAUUACACAAAACUUUUAUCAAGUAUUUGCUAAACGCUUGGAGAAUAGUGCAAAAUAUGCAGAUAUAGCACCAGAAAUUAAAGAAAAAUUGUUAGAUUAUGUAGAAAGAUAUGCAAUGACUUUGCUUUACAGAAUCCUCUUUUGUCCUCCCUUUACAAACGACGAGGAAAAGGAUUUAGCAAUUCAAAACAGAUAUUUCUACAGAAUUCGACAAUUAAACUGGGUUAGUGGAAAAAAUUUAGAAUGUAGGAUACAUGAAACUAGUUCUGAAGUUAGAGAACUUGUUUAUGCUUCCAUAACAGAUUUAUUAAAUAUGGAUUCUGCAAAAGCUCCACAAGAAAAACUCUCCUGUAUUAUUUAUUGCUGUCGAAAUAUAUUCUUAAUGCUGCAACAAUCUGUCGGAGGACCUGCAUCCGCAGACGAAUUUCUUCCAGCGUUAAUUUUCAUUGUUCUCAAAGCUAAUCCUGCUCGUCUUAAAAGUAACAUCAAUUUUAUCACUAGGUUUUGUAACGCAAGUAGAUUAAUGACUGGAGAAGGUGGAUAUUACUUUACAAAUCUGUGCUGUGCUGUAUCCUUUAUUGAAAAUUUAACAGCCGAGUCGUUAAACAUGGAUGAGAAAGAUUUCAAUGCUUAUAUGUCUGGAGAACGUGUACCUGCCAAUACUUGGGAAUCUGCUUUAAUGAUGUGUGAAAGCUUACAUUUAAUGUGUGAAGACAUAACACUCCUUGACGAGAUGAAAGCUAAAAAUACAGAGAUAAUGAACGAAGCGCUAAAUUUAAAAGAAAAAAUGUUACAAUUUCAAGAAGAAAUAGAAUCAGAAGUAAAUGAAGUUUUGAACAGAACUCCGUUAUUGAUUAUUCAUAGUCAAAGAUUACCUACAAAUUUAGACUGUGAAGAUAUCGAAAGUUAUCAGUUACCACCUCCAAUUAUUCCACAAGUUUGUUCUACUACAAUUAAUAGUUCCGUGCAACAAACUGAUGGAAAGACUUCUUUGAUAGAAGAUUGUGUUACACCAUCUCCUACUUUUGAUUUUCCAUCCUUCAUUGGUGAUGACAGCUUUGAUGUAAGCAAAGCAGAAGAUGAAACUAGUCUUAUAAGCUUGGAUACCCAAAGCGAUUUUAAUAUUCAGCCGGAGAAAUCUACAAGUGAACUAGUAUCUACACAUCUGAAUGUAUCUUCAACUACAGAUUCACAGAAAGAAGAUUAUCAUGGAUUUACUGUUCAGGGUUCAAAUAUACCUACAAUUCCUUGCAGCACAGGAGAUUUAUCCUUUACUUCGGUAGAAGCAGACUGUGAAAAUUAUACAGAUUAUUUUCAUAAUGUAUAAAACAGAAUAGUUUAUUUGGAUGAAACUUUAAAAAUGUUUAA